AUGGCUGAUCUCAAUAUCAGGAUAGGGCAGACGAUACAGACCCAGGACGGACGAGAAGGUACCGUUCGAUACAUUGGGCCUAUACACCUUGCUGCAGGAGAAUGGUUAGGCCUGGAGCUGGCAGACGAUGGGGGCAAGAAUGAUGGCUCCGUCAAAGGCCACCGAUAUUUCCAGUGCGCUCCUGGAUAUGGUAUCUUCGUUCGCAAGGAGUCGGCCGUCCAUAUCGUGAAACAAGCUGCUCAACCCCCAAAAUCCAAUGGCGUGCCGAAUUCAAAUGGUGCUACAGCCAAACCGCGACCAUCCAGCGGAGUGACUGCAGACAUUGCGAGAAAGAGGCAGAGCCUGAUGAGUUCAAGUUCAGGGCCUGCGGCUGGAUCAAGAUUGUCCCUCAGGUCUCCCACGAAAUCGCCCACGAAACCUGGGCCAUCCUCCGUGAGCUCUACGACGUCCACUCCGCGAACGGGAACUCCAGCAACCACUACGCGAACAUCCGAUUCGAGUACAAAGUCUAGGCUCAGCACAACGGGAAAAUCUCUGAUGGGACCACCGACGUCCACAACCCGGGCCAGUGCAGCUGCAAAUAGGCCAUCCAUGGGUGGUCCAGUCAAACCGCUGUCUGCGCGGCCCACUUCUAUGCAGCCGCGGCCGUCAUUGAGUGGCUCUAGAGCCUCCAUGGCUCCUAAGACCAUCCUUCGAAGUGAGAAGGCUGAUUCUAUCCAUCCUAGCCUCGGUGAACAGCAAUCGUCACCCCCGCAAGACCAAUUUUCUCGAAAUAUGGGUUUAAAUAAUGUAGAGAUUGAUGAGGCCUUUGAGGCUACGGAGCCAGAUGUCAAAGCGCCCGCGUCACGUCCACACUCGACUGCCAGUCCACGCAGUGACACCAAUAACGCUCCCGAGGACAGAUCAAGGCAAGCGCAAGUUAUCAAAGCGUUGGAAACGAAGGUUCGAACGUUGCAGAAGCAGAGACAAGAAGAUCAGGCUCAAAUUCAACAUGUCCAAGAUCUGCAAAAUCAGACGACCCGGUACGAAGGAAUAAUUCAAGCGCUACAAAAAAAGCUCAAGUCGAAUCAGCAAGAGAUGCAAGAUCUCAAGGCCAAGUAUGAAGACGCAGAGAGUCGUGCCGGAAAAGUUCCCAACCGAAGCGCAGAGCAUGAGUCGGAACUCGAACUCGCAACGCUGGACAAGGAGAUGGCCGAAGAGCGUGCUGAUAUGUUCGAAACCGAACUCGAGGCCCUGAAAUUGAAACACGAGGAGUUGGAGCUUGAGGUUGAAAUCCUUCGAGAAGAGAAUCGCGAAUUGGCGUCGGUCAUGAGUCCGGAAGAGAAGGCCAGUGCGGGUUGGCUUCAGAUGGAGCGGGAAACGGAGAGACUACGACAGGCUCUGGUCAUGUUGCGAGACAUGUCCCAGCAAAACGAAGGUGACCUGAGGAACGAGAUCAAAGAACUCCAAGAGACUCUGGAUGAACUUGAACAAACCGCUUCAAAAUAUGAAGAGGUGGUAGCGAAGCUCGCAAGGUCGGAAGAAACGAAUGAACAUUUGAGGGAACAGUUAGAAGCGGCGGAAGCAAAUGACGAUAUUCUGGAAGCCAUGGGGGCCGAACGGGACCAAAAUCGGAACGUGAUAGAGCUGUUAAAGAGACAGAUACAAGACCUCGAGGAGCACAUUCAGGUGACCGACGAGCUCGAAGCUUUCCACGUCGAAGAAGAAAAACGUCUGCAUUACCAACUGGACGAAAGCGAGGCGAUCUUGAAUGACAAACAUCGGCAAACUGUUGAGCAGGAAAAGACUAUUGAGGACUUGGAAUACACCCUGACUAAAUUCCGAGAUAUGGUCCAGGGACUUCAAAAUGACAUCGACGAACUCCGUCGAUCCAGGGACGUCAGCGAGCUCGAGGCUCACGAGAUGAACAGCAAGUCACGAGCCAUGAUGGAUCUGAACUUGAAACUACAGAGCUCGGCGGCGAAGACCCAGCUAAAGGCAAUUGAUCUCGAAUUGGGCAAGAUGCGCGCCGAGCAAGCCAGCCUGCAUUUGGAAAUCGUACAAUUAUUCGUCCCCGACACCUUCGAGGUUGACAAGAAACCUAUUCUUGCUCUUUUGUGCUUCAAGAGAAUCAAAUCAAAGGCCCAAUUGAGCAAGAAUAUUCUUGCCGAGAGAAUACGCGACCGGCCCGAUCUUCAUGACAAUCCCAUGUCAGUCUUUGCUACCAUGGAACAACUCCAUUUCAUCGCAAACGUUUGUGAAAGAUUCGUGCAACACUUGUCAACCUGUUCUACCGACAGCUUUGCCAAAUAUGCGGGCGCUCCUUUCGAAUUGGAGCCGGUGGAGCAGGCAGUUACCGGUUGGGUUGAAGCUUUACGCCGUGACGAGCUUGCUCACGAGGGAUCUGGCCACCUCCAUCGCAUGGCGGGAAUCUUGGUCGACAUGGCCGAAAAGUUGCUUUCAGAGAGCUACGAAACCAAAUCAAUGGAGCUGCUCGCAUCCAUCUCCAUGACGGAGAAUUAUGCUGACAAUGCUGCACACCAAGCACAAAUUAUCAGCAAGGCUGUCCAAACAAAACUGGGAGGGGCCAAUGACGAGGACGAGGAGUCCAUGUUGUUUGAAAAGAGAAUGGAUCAGCUGGGAAUAAAGGCUCGGACAAUCAAAUAUGUCUCCGGCAAGGUCGUACACGCGCUCAGCGAUCUUCGAGCUCGAUCCAUGUGUCCCGCUGAAUCAAUGUGGAAUUCACUCUCUGAAGUCGAGCUGUGUGCUGAAAGAAUGUCCCAGGUGAUGCAACAUGUGGGCCAAGCGGUCAUCGAAGACCUUCACAAAAUUGACCGAGAGGAAGCAUUUUCAUAUUCGAGGGUGAUACAGCUCAUGACAACGGCCGCGCAGCAAAGGAGUGAACCACAAACAGCUGGCUCAGAUGAUGUCUUUGACAUGCUCUCGAAACAAUUACAGACAAUUCAGUCCAAGAUCGACGGACUGAACACGCAGUCUGCAGACAUUUCUGGCGCGAUUGAAUUCGAGAAGUUACCGGCUCCUUGGAUCGCUCGAGCUAGAGAAGCCAAGGCACAGAAGGUUUUGUCGCAAGACCUCCAGGAGGAGAUGGCCAGACUGAAACUCAGAAUACAAGAACAGACAAUCCGACUCAGUGAGAAAGACAAACAGCUUGAGGAACAGCAAGUCAAGGUUGAAAUACUCGAGUCACGGGCUAAGGAAACCAAGGCGAAAGAUGACGGUGUCAAGGCAAUGAAGGACGAGAUUGAAAAAUUACGUUCAGAAACCCAUGCCGCCUCCGAGAACUUGCAAAAACUCGAAGGAGAAUAUCAAACCUUACUUGAAGCUCGCGAAAGCCAGAGGAUGGAGAUGGAAGCUCUCAAACGGAGAAGUGUUUCUGAUGGACAGGGCGGCCUGGUGCUUGACGCUGCCGACGAGACAACCUCAGUUCGCUUCAAGGCUGAAGUCGACUUGCUCAAGGUUGAGAUUGCCAGUCUCCAGGCCUCGGUACGCUUCCUCAAAUAUGAAAAUCGGCAGCUCAGAAUCCCUGUCAACGAAAUUGGUAAGGCUGCCGUCGAAAAUCAUUGGCUCGAUCCUAGCCGUCUCACGUUGGCGACCAAAGACGACAAGUUACGACCUCUACGGACCGAGUCGAAAGACGUAUUAACAGGACUCAUCGAAAUGGCGAAGUCAUCCAAACCCGUCAAACUAAAAGCGAGAUCUGGAUACGGCCCAGAUGCAAACGGGCCUGUUUCUUCUUGGAGAGCCGAGUCAGAUACGACUUUAUACCAAGUUCUCCAACGAAAAGAGGAGCUGGAGCGGUGGAAUGAAAUGAAAGAUGACUUGGUCCAAAGAGCGCGGAUCAUGGUGAGGUCCUCGCGACCCGUAUCAGAACGGCAAGAGAGGCCUAUAAAUCAGAAGAAGCCCUUUACUGGCACUCGCCGAACUGGGCCUGUAAAAGCACCCGCACUAGAAGAAGUGGAUGAGCUGGAACUUGGAUCUGCCGUGAAUGUGGAUGGAGUCCGCGUGGUCAGGUAUUGA